AAUUUUUGCUAUGUGAGUGGUAUGUGCGCUUUGAUGCAGAAAAGUUAAAUUUCCAUACAGUAAUAGUCUGAAAUUUAAAUGUCAAAUAUUAAAAAUCGAAUGUGCAAGUGUGCUGGUAAUAUUCAAGAAUAAAAUUCGCAGAGGAAAAGCUCCUUCUAUCAAUGCGUCCUAACCGUGCUGAAGGCGAUACUGACAAUGAUGAUGAAUCCUACCAGCCUGCCAGCUGUGACACUGUGCUCAGUAAGCCACUAGGGCAUAGAAAUUGGGAAUCCAAGUCAAUUAUAUAGCUAAGAAGCCGUCUGCAACAUCACCACAAGCAACACCAAAGGCAAAGCCUACAAAUUAAUUUAAAUAGGCGCAUUUAAAAGAAAGCAUUCAAAAUGACGGUGGAUUUUAAUGAUUAUUUUUGGGGCGAGAAAAACAAUGGAUUCGAUGUGUUAUAUCAUAAUAUGAAGUUUGGUCUGGUGGCCAGCAAAGAGUUGUCGGAGUUUUUGCGCGAAAAGUCAAACAUUGAGGAGCAGAACUCCAAAAUGAUGUCCAAGUUGGCUCACAAGGCCAGCACGGGCACAUUGAACAGCACGUUUGCUCCCGUGUGGACCAUACUGCGCACCUCGGCCGAGAAGCUGUCCACGUUGCACAUGCAAAUGGUGCAGAAAUUAACCGAGCUGGUCAAGGAUGUGGCCAAAUAUGCGGAUGAGCUGCACAAGAAGCACAAGUGUGUCAAGGAUGAGGAGUCUCAGACACUGGAGUGCGUUCAAGCCAUACAAACAUCAACGGUUGCUGUGCAAAAGCUGCGGGACUUGUAUGCCAGCAAGGUGCUUGAACUGGAGAAGCUGCGCAAGGAUAACGGUUCGCACAAGGAUGCUGAGAAACUGGAAAGCAAGCUGAAGAAACUGCAGGAGGACUACAAAGCGCUGCUCGACAAGCAUAAUCCGAUUAAAAACGAAUUUGAGCGACGCAUGACACAAACGUGCAAGCGCUUUCAAGAGAUCGAGGAGGUGCAUUUGCGCCAGAUGAAGGAGUUUCUUUCCACAUACUUGGAAAUGCUGCAAAAUAAUCACGAUAUGGUCGGACAAGUGCACUCGGAUUUCAAGCGUCAAUUCGUGGAUAUGUCCGUGGAUAAACUGCUUGAGCAGUUCGUGUUAAACAAAUACACGGGUCUCGAAAAACCUGAAAUGCUCGAACUGGAGUUUGUGUCCCUCCCGGGAGGUUCACGUCUGCAGACACAGCAGGCUUCUGCCACGGCAUCCAAUUCGAAUUCGGCGACCAGCAUACAGGCGGCUUUGCGUGCCGGCGGCGCCGCUGCAGCCGCAUCGGGCAGUUUAGUGUCCAUGGACCAGAGAGGUGGCGCCGGCGCUGGCGAUGCAUUGGCUGGCAUAUCGCUGGGCAGUGGGAGCGGGGCAAGUGGCAGCAUUCCCUAUGCGGAUGAUGCAAUGCUGGGCAGUGGCGGUGGCCUGUCAUCACCAAGACCCACAUCGCCGGAAACUCUUGGCGCACAAACAGCGUCUGCGAGUGCUGCAACCUCAACGGUAAAAAGUCUGCGUUCAUGGUUUAAGCCAACAGCCAGCAAACAACAACAACAACAACAGCAAAAUGCCAGCGGGGUCACUGGGAAUUUUGGUAUGCCUGGCAACAGCAACAGUUCCAACAACAACAAUUACAACAACACGAACAUCACAACAGCAACAAGCGUCAAUUCGAACACGAACAACACACCACCAACAACAGCAACAACAACAACAACUGGCACCAUCAAUUUCACCACCAAUGUCACAAAUUCCCCUAACUCUGAGCAUCAGGAUAAUCAAGAUCAGCAACAACAACAGCAACCACAUGGAACGCAUGAGAUCUUAACACCAACUGCAAGUAUAACUGGUCGAAAGCAAAUGAAUGCAACGACAAGCGAACAACAAUUAUCGAAAUCAUUAAACGAGCAAGAUCAUCUGAAUCAUCAGCAACAACAACAACAGACUGCAGUGGGCAACAAUGGGGCCACGACCACAACAACAACAACAUCAACAGCAACAACGUCCAGACGUACAACGUCACUUUUAAAUAUAUUCACAUCGAAUUCUCAGGUUUCGAGCAUUUUGCGUAGUAGACGCGACAAGCCAAAAACCAAAAAGUCAAAGAAGAAGAAAGACAACGAGGCCGCUGACCAUAACAAACAGGAGGAGCGUUUGACCAGCGUGGAGCGGGCCAAUAAUACUUUGUUGGACUAUGAUGAUCAUGGAAGGAGCAUGAAGACUCAAAACUCCAGUGGCAGCAGUGCUGGAGGUGGAUUAGCUGCCUUGUCUGCAACCUCGGCCCAAGGCAGUGUGGACUCCGCGGGCGUGAGCAGCAUGGGCGGCAGUGGCGGAGUUGGAGCUGGAGCCAGUGGAAAUGGUCUGGCUCAUGCCAACAGCACUGCGGGAGCUGGUGCAGCGGGCACAUCAAUUGCGGGCACGACAACCGCGGCUGGUGGCGCAAAUGCCAGUGGUGGCGGUUAUGAGGUCGAUGACGAAGGAUUUAGCAUACAGCCAGCAAAGGAAAUCGCCUGGGAGGAGGGACAUGAUAAAUCUGGCAGUUUCUACUCCGACUCAGACACUGAUUCGGAUAACGAUAAGCGUCGAAUUCAUGUCAAGAUUAAGCCGCUAAACAAUGGACAGGCUCCCAUUUCAGCCAGUGUGGAUGAGCUAAGAGCUACGGUUGAGAACAUUUCACUAUCCCCCACUGGAGUAUUUGCGCACCACAGCCAACAGCUGCAAGGAGGAGCACGCGGUGCGGCUGUAUCGCGUCAGCAAUCGCCGGAGAUUUCGAAUGCUUCAACGCCAACGGCGAGCGUUCAUCCGUAUGCGCCACUUCAAAGUCCGACGCUGUCCAAUAACAAUGCAAAUAAUGCAAGCCACAAUCGAUAUGCGGAUCUGGGCGAUAUAUUCUCAGAGUUGGGCGAGAUGAGCUCCUCGGCGCCACCUUCUGCCACGUUAAGUAAACCGCCGGGUCGUCAGAUACCAACGCCCACAUCGGCUGGGGGCAGCAGCAUUGUCAUACCGCGACCGCCGUCCCGUCGUUCGGAUAUGAUUGCGAUUGGUACGUCAGCGUCGGCAGCGGGAGCAUCAAGUUUGGGACGUGGUCGCAUGAGUCCAGCACCAGCACCGACACCGGCGAUGAAUCGGGCGGACAGCAUUGGUAGUCUGGAGUUUCGCACCGCCAUUGGAGGCAUGGGCUCAUCCCGAGGCCCGUCGCCGUUGACAAUUGGCAUAUCGGACACAAUACCGCUGGCGGUUGCAUUCCAUGAGAUUAUACACGCCUAUUUCAGGGGCAGCGAUGAGUCGCGUUGCCAGGUGAAGGUAUCCGGUGAUAUGAUGCUAUCAUUCCCAGCCGGCAUUGCCGGUCUUUUAGCCAAUAAUCCAAAUCCAGCCAAGCUGGGCUUUCGCAUUAAGCAAGUACAAAAUCUGGACAACCUCGUGCCGAAUGGCUCCCUGGUCCAGAUAGAUCGGCAACAGUCAAGCGCGAUGAGCACGCUGCUGGAAUUCAAUAUGCCAGCGUUGACAGCGUUAUUGCGUCGGCAGGCGGAGAAGAAUCCGACUGCCUCGUACUUUAACGUCGACAUACUCAAGUAUCAGGUGCGCACCAAGCCGGGUGCCAGUUCCUGUCCCUUUCAGCUGGUCAGCUAUUGGAAAUGCGAGUCAAGCUAUACAGCGUUGAAAGUUGAUUACAAGUACAAUAACCAUGCCAUGGCCAGCGCUUCGCCUCUGCUAAAUGUGACACUCUCUGUGCCGGUCAAUGGAUCUGUGCGUAAUGUCCAGUCGAAGCCACAUUCAUCCUGGUUGGGUGAAUCAAAUCGUUUGGUGUGGAACUUUACGGAUAUAUCGCAGAAUUCACAGGAUGGUGGCGUUGGCACGCUCCGGGCACGCCUCGAGCUCAACGAUGGACCCUCGACACCGGCAAUGCUAGCCACGCAGUUCAAUUGUGAGGGCACCACCUUAUCGGGCAUCGAAUUUGAGCUACAGGGCAGUGGCUAUCGGUUGUCAUUGGUCAAACGGCGCUUUGUCUCAGGCAAAUAUGUUUGCGAAGGCGAUGGAAUACGUAGCGGUGCCACGCCUACACCGCCCUCGGUUGGAUCCACCAGUCCGUAUUCCGCUAAAUCGAAUUAAAGUUGCUAUUGGCUCGACAAAAUCUAGCGAAAUUUGUAUCUAACAUUAAAAACGAAACCCAUUUUGUAUUACGACAAGUGGAAGAUCGAAGGAUUAUUGGCAUCACUUGUAUUUAGCUACUGUGAUUGGGUUAUUCAUUAUGUAUUUUUGUAUUACUUGUACUGUUAAAUCUGCUGGACAACUUCUGUUCUUCGUAAAGAGAGAGAGAGGCCCAAUUUUGUAUAGCCGUAACAAGUGGAUAUAUUAUCUGUUAUAUGCAUAUUUAUAUAUAUAAAUAUACAAUAAUUAUAUGCUUAGAUAUGUAUUUAUUAUGUUUAAUUAAAUUUGAUGUAAACAAAACAAUGUAUGUAGCUAUGUAGAUAUAUCAUAUAAAAACACACAGACAGACACUUAGAUACACUAAUUGCAGCGUAUGAAAAGACGUUGAUUUUAUGUUCACUUUUCUACACGCAAAACACACAACCAAAUGUAUUAAAAUGAAUGCAAUAUUCAAAAUAUCAAAUCA